CGCAAAAACAGACAUAACAUACCCCUAACCCUUGGUGUAUUUUACACUGUGGUUUAUUUUACCCCGCCAACCACUGCUUGUUGUUUAGGGAGGAAGUUGCUUGACCCCCCCUUUACACGAUACCAUCAACUUCAAUUCAACAUUGACCCCCCACAACCCUACAUACAAACUCGACCCUACGCAAACACACCCGUCCUUCUCUAUCAGAUGGCGGACCGACACGCGCCCUCUUCCCGGACUCUCGCCUCCGGCGUCUCCAAAGCACGCAGCGGGGUACCAUCGAGUUCGAGUGUGCGGCGCAACCUAUUCCAGAGCCAACUUACGCGCCGACCUCCCGCACCCUCGCCAGCAUCGGAGGAGCUGCACCUGGAUGCCGACGCGCACAAGGAGCACCAGCAGCGCCACGGCCAAUUCCAGUCCCCGGCCGAACCACAGGACGACAUCGUGGUGCGCGACCACAACGGCGAGAUCGAGCUCGGCGACCCCCCGACGCCGGUCAUCGACGACCCCGAGGACAUGGAGGCGCUAGAGGCGCGGCACGAAGACGAGAUGGAGAGGGAGCGCCUGGCCGAGGCGGUGAAGCAACAUCAGAUCGACCAGCAUAGCAUGCCCGCACAACCCGAAGGCAAGGACCCCACCUCCUCCUCUUCUACUAGUAGCGAGUGCGCUGCCCGACAUAUGUCUCCUGGUGUUCGAUUGACUAAAACCCGCGAUUUCGAAUCGACUGCAGAGCUCCUCGAGGCCGUCAAAGCAAGCUUGAGAGCUAAAGUUGCGGCGCUAGAAGAGGAUAAUUGGUUGUACGAGCCAGGAGCGCGACGGUGACGGUACUAGUGACAGGUUGUGUUUAUUCAUGAAGCUUCGUAGCUCACCCGCAUACGGGCCG